AUGGUUGCCUCAGGUGCCGCCUCCAUCGCGCCCGGCACGGUCUACUUCCUCGACAACUCCAGCCUCUCCUUCAAGCCCAAGUCUGGUGGCGGCAGGAUGACCUCAAGUGAUGGAUCCAUAGUGACCGGAUCCAGUGCUCGAGAUCCAGCACGCGUGACUGAGAUCCAAGGUGCAUGGUGGAUCCAUGGCCACUGGCCGAUGGACGACAUGUGGCCGGGUUCUAGGCCUGAAGAUGAUGCCGAUUGUAAAACACUUUUCUACAAUAUCAUUCAUGAUUAUAAGGAGGGAACACAUGAAAGAACUAGGUCCUUGCCAAAGCCUCCCUUUGCUCAUACCUCUGCUCAUAUAGAGUCCCGGCGGCAGGGUGCCUCCGACGACGCCGACCAGCGGUAUAAACUGUUCGUGUUUGGUGACUCCUUCGCCGACACCGGCAACGUCCCGAUGUCAGACAAGAGCGGCACGUCGCGUGCCUGGUACUACCCCUACGGAAGCUCGGACUACGACCACGACAAGAAACCAACCGGACGCUUCUCCAACGGCAUGGUCCAAUCUGAUUUCGUCGCGAAGAUUCUGGGGCGGGACGAGUCCCCUCCGGCGGAAAGGCUAAGGGGCCAGAACGGGGUCGACCCGUUUGGCAUGAACUUCGCCGUCGGCGGCGCCGGCGCGUACGAGGUGUCGCGAGAGGCACCGACGCUCGGCGAGCAGAUCGACAAAUUCAUGAGGCUGGUUAGGCACGGCAUCAUCGACGAAGACCUCAAGGAUUCGGUCGCGCUGGUCGCCUUCUCCGGCAGCCAUGACUAUGCACGCGUCAACAUGUCCAGCUACGCCGACAUUGUUGCCGUGGCCAAAAACGUGGUGGACACGAUCGCCGACGGCGUCGACCGGCUACAGGAGCUCGGUGUGCAGAAGGUGCUGGUGAACUCUCUGCCCCCGCUCGGCUGCAGGCCUUGGUGGUCUAGGUCGAACAACUACACCGCUUGUUACGGCCCCCAGGACGUGGUCACAAGCGUCCACAACAUGUAUCUCAAACAGAAGCUGGGUGAAUCGGAUACCAUCCUCCUGCUCGAUCUCAACACCAUCUUCAUCAAAAUCAUCGUUAGUCACGGUUCGUCUCCAUUCAAGCACAGGUUCACGCCAUGCUGUGAUAGCUUCGACCCGGUCGGGUACUGUGGGCAGGAAGACGAGGAUGGCGACGUGCAGUACAGCGUAUGCUCUGUCCCGGACCAGUCUUUCUACUGGGACUACAUGCACCCGACGCAGGCCGGCUGGAAGGCUGUCAUGGAGCAGCUGGAAGAGCCCAUCAAGGGUUUCCUAGAUAUCUAA